AUGGAUCGUCGCGGUUCGGCGUUUCCAGCCCACGCGCUUCGACUAAUAGCAGUCUUACUGAUCGUCACUGUCGCCCCCGCCUCCGCUGGCCGGCGGAUAGACACACUCGAUGCAACGACAAACGCGGGCUCUGACACCGCAACCUCUGGCACCGCGAGCUCCGACGACGCGACAGCUGGCGUGGCGGCAUCGGAUCUCUCGGCGCUGGCGGUGGACGCGAAGACGCGUGCGUUGAUUAAAGCCCUCGCGCCGCUGAUGGGCGCCGCGGACCUGACGGGCGUCGGCAAGCCGCCCGAACGCGCCUCGUACUUAACUAAAGACGCGUUCGCCGCGGCGGCGCGCAAAUGGCUCGCGACGGUGAAGCAGCGCGUGCAGAAGCUGAUUCAGCAGGCGGCAGGAGGCGGAGGGAAGGGGCGCGGAUCGAGCAAGGGGAACGGCGGACGCGGGAACACCACAACCGUUGACCGCAGUCUGGGGUACGUCCCCCCCACGACCAAGGACCUCAAUCCCGCCAAGCUGCCCAAUCUCAACACCGUCUCGCGCUACCUCACCGUCGGUCUCACGCUCGACCCGACCUCGCAGAAGAUCACGUGGGAUUUCAAGAAGAGCGUGAGCCACAGCAAGUAUUUUCCUGAAGACGAUUUCGACCAGGGCAACUGUGGAGCCUGCUGGGCGUACGCGGCAGCGCGGGCGGUGCAGGGUGCGUAUGCGAAGCUCAAAGAGACGGACGAUGAUGUGUUCCCCGGCGGGAUGAGUCUGUCCGUGCAGCAGCUGGUGGACUGCACUGGCGCUGCUGCCUCGUGCCGGGGGGGGUACCCCGAGGCUGCCCUGCAGUACGCGGCCAAGAUCGGGCUGCAGGACGAGGCGGGAUAUUCCUACACGGGGGCCAGCGGCAAGUGCAGCGUUAACAAGGAUACGGAGAAGUGGAGCAUCUCGAUGUACGAGCAGGUGCCACUGCCGGGGCCGCUGGGGCUCAUUCUCGCGCUGCAGAAGCAGCCCGUCAUCGUCACCAUCCGCGCCUCUGCGCAGGACUUUAUUGACUAUGCGGAGGGCAUUUAUGAGGGCUGGAACUGCUACAGCCCCGUGGGGGAGGUCGUUGGGGACACACAGGGCAACGGUUUCGGAGCGACAGCCACUGCCACCAACAACACGGGGCUGCUGGACCACGUGAUGCUGGCCGUGGGGUACAACUAUGUUGUGCCGGGAAGCGCGCAGAAUUAUUUCAUUCUGAAGAACAGCUGGGGGCCAAAUUGGGGGGAGAAUGGUUACAUGAAGAUUCGCAUGGAGGGUGACGCGUUCGGCACGUGCGGCAUGCUGGUGAACCGCGGGCUGUACCCCGUUGUGAAUGCCCACCAGACCACAGACCCCUGUGGCACGUCACCGUGUGGGGGGGGCACGUGUGAGGCGGACGAGAGUGGCAACGGCAAGUACACGUGUCAGUGCUCGGACCUGCUUGUUCCUGCUGUCAACCGCGACGGCACACCCACCUGCACCAUCAUCGAGAUCUGCAGUGUGCUACCCACCAACCCCUGCGUGGUAGGGCAGUGCAUCAACAGCGGUGACGGCGGCUACUCGUGCCUCUGCCCGCCCAACUACAAGACGAGUGUGCUCGCCUCCGGCCAGACCACCUGCGUGCCUGAGAUGUCUGGGAGCAGUGCAGCAGCGGUGCAGGGCACGUACACAGUGCAAGGGGGGGAGACGUGUGGCGCCAUCUAUGGCUUCAUCGGCCUCACCCAGGAGCAGUUCCUCGCACAGAAUGAGGGAGUGGACUGCGACAAUCUCAAGGCGGGGGCGGUGCUCAACAUCUCCAUCCCAUCCACAACGCAAGUGUGCCGCGUGCGCUACACUGUCACCCAGGCGGAUGCCGCAGCAAGGAGCUGUGAUCCCAUCGGUCCCCCCUUCCUCGCUCCUCACUCCCCUUCCCCUGUUCGUCCCCGCUCCCCCCAGGCGGAUGCCGCAGCAAGGAGCUGUGAUCCCAUCAACACCCGCUUUGGCAUCGACGUCACGACCAUCAACCCCAGCCUUGACUGCUCAAGCCUCACACCCAACCAGCAGGUGGGGGGGCCGGUGGGAAGUGGGGCUACUGGUUUAGAGUG